AUGGACGGCGUUGAGGGCGCUGUUGAGGCAGCGGCGGCCGAAUCACGACACUGGACCCCGCGAUGGCGACACACCCCACGCCAAGGGGUAGCGAAUCAUCAGCGCUUCGCAGCACAUCAUCAAGCAUCGGACCCCGUUGUAACCCACACGACUCCCAGAGUGUUAUCUGGGCAGUUCUCCAGUAUCCAGCUCUCACCUCUGCUCGGCAUGGGGUCAGAGCAGGAAUACGCGUCCGCGUCUCCCAAGGGAGUAACGGUGGACGAGUUUUCUUCAGACGGACAAAACUCUGCAGUACUCGAGAAGAAGAAAGCGCCAUGGUGGUCUUAUAUCUGGGACUACGAGCCGGGCCGAUCGCAGGAGGAGCGCGUAUUCAUCCAGAAGCUCGACGUCUUCCUGAUAACGAUGCUGAGCUUCGGCUACUUUAUCAAAAACCUCGACCAGACGAACAUCAGCAAUGCUUUCGUCAGCGGCAUGAAGGAAGAUCUCGCAAUGAACGGGAACGAGAUCAAUCUCAUCGACACAGCGUGGACCGUCGGCUGCGGCGAGCAUAUCAUGGAUGGAAUCAUCAGUCUGCCAAUUUGCAUUGCUGGAUACUUUUUCCUGCCCGAUCUCCCGGAGAAUACACGAGCAUUCUACUUGACUGAGAAUGACCGUGAACUUGCCCGCAGGCGGAUGGAGAGUGUCGGACGUGCUCCGCGAACCAAAUUGGGCCGUUCUGCUUUCAAGCGAAUCUUUGGUCGCUGGCACGUCUACUUUCUGACCAUUCUGUACAUCAUCUUCAUCAAUAUUGGGCCUUCCAGCAGUGUGAAUCCCUUCUCUCUCUGGCUCAAAUCCAAGGGCGAGUCUGUGGAGAAGAUUAAUAUCAUUCCAACGGCGGCUUCAGCUAUUCAACUGGUCCUUACGGUGUCAUUCGCCAUCCUCUCCGACGCGAUCCGCCAUCGUGCCAGCGUCAUGUCGAUAUCCACCUUCCUCGGUGGUUUCGCUGCCUUGAUCCUCGCCAUCUGGAAUGUACCAGACGGGUUGAAGUGGUUUGCGUUCCUUCUCCAGCGCGCAUCCGUACCGUACGGACCACUCAGCAUGAGCUGGACGAACGAGAUUUGCGGCGCCGAUGCCGAGGAGCGUGCAAUUGUCAUAGGAAUCAUGAACUCGCUGGGCUAUGCCUUUAAUGUCUGGGUUCCGAUCCUGACGUACCCUCAAGUUGAUUCGCCCAAAUUCAAGAAGGGCUUCAUUUUCUCGACUAUUGCUUUCGGUGCCCAAGCACUGAUCACCGCUACGGUGGCCUUCUUGUACAAGCGAGACAAGAAGAAGGAGGGAAUCACCAAGAGAGACGAAGAAGGUGUCACGGCGCCGGCCUCAGUUCCUAACGCCGAAUAG